GGGAAGGGGAAGUAGGGGGCCUCGACUGGGGGCUGGGUUUUCCCCUGGGUGGGACCUGAGUCCCUUGCCUGCCCGAGGGUGCUCCCUGCCCCAGCCCCUGAAAGCAGAUCCCGCCUGAGCCAUGGCCCCAAGACUUGUCCUGGUCCUCACCCUCACCUCCUGGGUGGGUUGCUCACUUUGCUGCGGGAGAGAAGCAGCUCCCACCCAGCCCAGGGUGCGGUGCCAGGCCUCUAGGUACCCGAUCGCAGUGGAUUGCUCCUGGACCCUGCCGCUCGCUCCAAACUCCUCCAGGCCCACGUCCUUCAUUGCCACGUACAGGCUUGGCGUGGCAGCCCAUGGGGAGAGCUGGCCCUGCCUCCAGCAGACACCAGAGGCCACCAGCUGUAUCAUCCCUGACAUCCAGAUGUUCUCCAUGGUGCCCUAUGUGCUCAACAUAACGGCUGUCCACCCCCGGGGCGUCAGCAGCAGCUUCGUGCCGUUUGUCCCAGAGCACGUCAUCAAACCGGACCCUCCAGAAGGUGUGCGCCUGAGCCCCCUCCCUGGGCAGCGGCUCUGGGUGCAAUGGGAACCCCCCCGGUCCUGGCCCUUCCCAGAGAUCUUCUCACUCAAGUACCGGAUCCGCUACAAGCGUCACGGAGCUGCCCGCUUCCGCCAGGUGGGACCAAUUGAAGGCACAUCCUUCACCCUCAAGGCUGUGAGGCCCCAAGCCAAGUACUGCAUCCAGGUAGCUGCUCUGGACCUCACUGACUAUGGGGAAUCAAGCGCCUGGAGUCUCCCCGCCGUUGCCUCCAUGAACUUGGGCAAGUAGUAGGGGUUCCCUGCACCCCCAAAGAGGGGCUGUGCCCUUGACAUCCAACUAAGGGUGGAUGGGACCUGACUGGCCUGGGUUCACUGCUGCCUAGUUGCUGGGCAACCUUGGACAAGUGACUUUGCCUCUCUGAGCCUCAGUUUCUCAGUCUGUGAAAUGGGGAUGUACUCCCUGCCUCCUUUGACACAGUGCAAUGUUUUGUGAACUGUCAAUAUGAGAAUUUUUUAAUUGUUUAAUUAGAAAAGGAUCAU